AUUUCACCAAGAGAGGACGAUCUAUUUAUUUCACUACUUCACUGUCCAGUUUUAACAGUUUUUUGUUUUAAUGGUCGUUAAUUUUAUUGAAGUCAAUUUUUAGAGAACCCGUAGCAUAUAACGUGAAACCAGCAGUUGAACCAGUCAUCAGCUUUCUUCAGCACGAGCACAAACGGUUGCCGUUAGUUAAAGGAUUUAUACCACUUGUAAAGCAGAUUACUGUAAACUAUAGAAAUGGCAACUUGGGGAUAUGGCAAUGACAACGGACCCGCUACCUGGGUUAAAAGUUUCCCUGUCGCUGCUGGUACCAGACAAUCACCUAUUGAUAUUGUUCCCACAGCCGCUAAGUGUGAUACCAAGUUAACAGAAAAUCCAUUAACAGUUAACUAUUCGCCAGAACCAGCAAUGGAAUUAUGUAACCCAGGUCUGAGUGUGAAAGCCAAUAUUAAAAGCAAAAGUGUUAUCAAAGGUGGACCAUUAGAAGGAGAAUAUAAAUUAGAACAGUUCCAUUUACAUUGGGGAUCUGCAGAUAAACAAGGAUCAGAACACACUCUUAAUGGUAAAAUGUUCCCUGCAGAGUUACAUUUGGUGCACUACAAUGCAACAAAAUAUUCCAGUUUUGGUGAAGCCGUAGAUAAGCCUGAUGGUCUUGCUGUAUUUGGUAUUUUCUUAAAGAUUUCUGACAAACCUCACCAAGGUUUGAAGUCACUAACUGACGUCUUAUCUGAAGUACAGUAUAAAGAUAAAAGUAUUAAUAUCAAACAAGAAUAUAACCCAGUGUGUUUAUUGCCUGACAAUAUCAACAAAUACUGGACUUAUCUUGGUUCCCUCACCACACCACCAUUGUGUGAAAGUGUAACAUGGAUUGUUUUUGAAGAACCUAUUGAGGUUUCUGAAGAUCAGAUGAAAGCAUUUAGAGCUCUCUGUUGUGGAGAAUGUGGAAGUGCACCUAUUGUAGAUAAUUAUCGACCACCUUUACCACUCGGUAACCGUCAACUUAGAGCUUCAUUUCAAUAGACUGAUGAUUGAAUGGCCGUGUACAUGACUUGCAGUAUGAAUGGUUUUAUAAAUGGAUGUAUGACAGUUUUACUCAUUUUAUCACCGACUUAUAAAUUGACUUGGAAUACAAAAUGCAAUAAUUGAAUGUAUGUAUUUUAAGGUAUCGAUUUGUAUCUCAUUUUAAAAAUCAUGUAAUUGUAAAUUCCUAAUUUUAUGUAGACGACCUUUUAAUUGUAAAGCAGUUUUUAUCAAAGUAUCGAAAUGGAUUUUAUCACGGGUUCUUGUUGCUUAUUAAAGCAUAAUUUUUGACCGUUAUCUACUGAACUGCUGGUACAGAAAGUAGUCAAAAUAAUUUUUUUCCAGCAUUAGCUAUUUUAUUUUUAACAUUGUUAAUAUAUAAUGGGUUGUUGCUAAUAAAAUUUAUUUAGGUCAU